UACAUAUCGACGACGGCGGCAGUGGAGUCGUGUGUGCGCUUGAAUCGUACUCACUGCAAAUUAAAUAUCGUGUGAAUGAACACAUAUCUUCGCGACUGUUAACUGCGGCAUCUGCUACGUCGCUUAAUCACCUUCGCCAUCAAUCACCAUCGUUUUGACAAAGCUUAAGUGAAGUCUCGAGGAAUAUUUCGAUAUGCCUGCACCGAUUCUAGACAUCGACAGUGUCAAAACGAAGGCAUUGCAAAUCUUCACCGAGAAAUUCGGUGAGCAAGCCACCGUCUGCGUGUACGCACCGGGACGUGUUAAUCUCAUCGGCGAACACACCGAUUACAAUGAAGGCUUCGUGUUACCGAUGGCACUACCGAUGAUCACGGUGAUAGUUGGGAAGCCUCACGAUGGUGUAAAAACAAAACUUGUUUCUUUAAGUGAUGUGGUCGGCGCUACAAAUGAAGCCGAAUUCGAAGCGGGUAGUCGAGCUAACAUAAAACCGGGAGAACCAAAGUGGGCGAACUAUGUGAAAGGGUGCAUCGCCAACUUUAUUUGCGACGUUCCUGCGUUCAAUGCUGUGAUCGUGUCGACAGUACCGGCAGGUGCCGGUCUCAGCAGCUCGGCGGCUCUAGAAGUGGCGACUUACACAUUCUUAGAAACGUUGAGCGGAAAGAAACCGGAGAAACCAGAAGAGAAGGCUUUGGCGUGUCAAAAAGCGGAGCACAACUUUACCGGAGUACCUUGCGGUAUAAUGGAUCAAUUCAUAUCCGUCAUGGGUAAAGAAGGCUGUGCUCUUCUCCUCGAUUGCCGAGAUCUCAUUACCAAGCAAAUACCUAUGCUACAUAUGGAUAACUACAUUUUUUUGAUAACAAACUCCAAUGCGCCGCACAAGUUAAGCUCGAGCGCCUAUUGCGAGCGUAGAGAUUGUUGUUUCGAAGCUGCGAAAAUACUGGGCAAAAAAAGUUUAAGAGACGCAAACAUAAACGAUAUUCAAACAUUAAUAUCACGAAAUGCGUCCGAUCAUGUUAUUAAACGAGCUCGUCACGUAGUCACGGAAAUUCAACGAACCCUGGAUGCUGCGAUAGCGCUGGAGAAAGGUGACUUUCAGCAAUUCGGACGAUUAAUGAACGAGAGUCACGAUUCGCUGCGCGACGAUUACGAGGUCUCGUCCAAGGAGCUCGAUUCGCUGGUCUCGGCAGCCAGAGAGGUGGACGGCGUGUUGGGAAGCCGCUUGACGGGCGCCGGUUUUGGUGGCUGCACCGUCACUUUGUUGAGAAAAGAUGUGGUUAAUAAGACGAUCCAGCAUAUGAAAGCAAAGUAUGCUGGUAUACCUGCAUUCUACAUAGCGACACCGGCCGGUGGAGCUCGAGAAAUCAGCAUAAAUUAGUGUUAUUGUUUUAAAUAUACACGUAUAUUUUAUAAUAUUAUAACGUUAUUCAUAGAUAGAAAUAUGAAUAUGAUUGAUUUUAUGAGAUGUGUUGCUCAUUUGCGUUUGUUGAAUAGAUCUUUUUUUUUGUACCAUGACUGGAAUUCUGGUACAAUGAGAUUAGACAGAAAGAGAUGAUGUCUUUGUAAUUUAUAUAUUUAAUUUUGUGCCAAUCAAAUUCGGAGAUAAAUAUACAUGAAGAAUAAACUCAGAUUUAUAAGA